AUGGCUUUCUGCCCCAGAGAUAAUGUAUAUUUCUGCUUUCGCCAUGGGACCGUCUGGCACCACGAUCUCACCUGCGAGAAAUAUGAUGCCUUCCUUGCCGACCCUCAGAGCUUCAACCUCAAUGUCCAGUCACGGAAAAAGACACAGAGAGCAGCUGAGAAGAAACGAAAACAGGAAAUUCAACAGCAUAUUAAAGAUAGGUUAAGAGCAGAAGAGGCCGCAACAGCCCGUGUCAUCAAACACUGCCCGAAUUGCGCUGUUGAAAUUUUAAAGGACGGCGGCUGUGACCACAUGUAUUGCACUAAUUGCGGAUACAGGUUCGAUUGGACCCUAGCUAAAUGA